AGUGCGCGCAGCUGCCGGACGCCACCGACGGGGGUGGCACGAAGGAAAGGACCAAGGUCCGAGCGAGCGGGCGAGCCGGCCAGCGCGGAUCGCCACUCUUGCUGCCGCGGGUGUUCUGCUCGCAGCUAAGUCCCAGCUCUUGGAAGUGGAUCAGUCAUUUGACUGAAAGUUCGUUCUUGUCUGUAGGUGGUAAAGGAGGAACAAGCCAUGCCUGUUCUGUCUGAAGAUUCAGGUUUGCACGAGACUCUUGCCCUCUUGACAUCGCAGCUGAGACCUGACUCAAACCACAAGGAGGAAAUGGUGUUCCUGAGAGACAUCUUCAGCGAGAGAAGUCUCAGCUAUCUAAUGAAGAUUCAUGAAAAACUGUGCCAUUACGAACAGCAGAGUCCGGUCCCAGUACUCCACAGUGCCUCAGCUCUAGCUGAAGAUGUGAUCGAAGAAUUGCAGACUGCACCCAUGAAUACUGAUGAAAAAGAACUGCUCCAGCUGCUGUCAACUCCUCAUCUCAGGGCAAUGCUAGUUGUACACGACACUGUCGCCCAGAAGAAUUUUGACCCCGUCCUCCCUCCUCUGCCAGACAAUAUCGAUGACGAUUUUGAUGAGGAAUCAGUGAAAAUAGUUCGCCUGGUGAAGAAUAAAGAACCUUUGGGUGCAACAAUCAGGCGGGAUGAGCACACUGGGGCUGUGAUUGUGGCGCGCAUCAUGAGAGGAGGGGCGGCUGACCGCAGCGGUCUUGUCCAUGUAGGAGAUGAACUGCGGGAAGUCAAUGGGGUUGCUGUGCUUCACAAACGGCCGGAGGAAAUUAGCCAGAUUUUGGCUCAGUCCCAGGGAUCGAUAACGCUGAAAAUAAUUCCCGCCAUCAAAGAAGAAGAUCGCCUGAAGGACAGCAAGGUGUUCAUGAGGGCCCUCUUCUCCUACAACCCGAAAGAGGAUAAAGCUAUCCCGUGCCAGGAGGCUGGGCUGCCAUUUCAGAGAAGGCACGUCUUGGAGGUGGUGAGCCAAGAUGACCCAACAUGGUGGCAGGCCAAACGCGUGGGGGACACGAACCUUCGAGCAGGGCUGAUUCCUUCUAAGCAAUUCCAAGAAAGGCGUUUGAUGUACAGAAGGACCAUCGGCGCGCUGCACCACUCCAGAAGUGUCACAAAACCGCUGUAUGAUCAGUCUUCUGAGAAAGAAGACUGUGACUGCGAGGGAUACUUCAAUGGACAAUAUAUAGCCGGCUUGCGACGGAGCUUCCGGCUCAGCCGAAAGGAGAAGCAGAACGGCCAGAACGAAGCCAAGCCGGUCGAGCCGAGCCACAGCUCGGAGCUCCUCACGUACGAGGAAGUCACCAAAUACCAGCAGCAGCCGGGAGAGAGAAAGAGGCUGGUGGUUUUAAUUGGUUCUUUGGGGUCCCGGUUAAAUGAACUUAAGCAGAAGGUGGUGGCAGAGAACCCGCAGGAGUAUGGGGUGGCCGUGCCACAUACCACAAGGUCCAAGAAGAGCCACGAAAAGGAGGGUGUAGAGUACAACUUCGUUUCAAAGCAAUCGUUCGAGACUGACGUGCAGCAUAACAAGUUUGUAGAACAUGGGGAGUAUAAGGAGAAUCUCUACGGGACCAGCCUGGAGGCAAUACAAUCUGUCAUGUCCAAAAAUAAAAUUUGCCUUGUGGAUGUCGUGCCUGAGGCCGUGAAGCACUUGAGGACGGCGGAGUUCAAGCCAUACGUUGUGUUUGUGAAGCCUCUUGUCUUGGAAAAGAAGAAGAACGCACCGUUAUCUCUAUUGACCGAAGAAAUCUUCGUCCCGCUUGACGAGGAGCAGCAAGAAAUGGUUAACUCGGCUGCCUUCAUUGAAGAACAGUAUGGCCACCUGAUUGACACUGUGCUGGUGAAGGAAGAUCUCCACAAUGCCUGCAACCAGUUGAAAACCAUAUUGGAGAAACUGAAUACAGACUCGUUUUGGGUGCCAGUCUCCUGGGUCAGGUUGUAGUCACCUAGGCAGUGCCAAAGAGAGAGAGAGAAAGAGAGGAGAUGUACCUGUUUGAUAAUAUGCUGUAAAUAGAAUGGAUGGUUAAAAGUGGAGGGUGGGGAAAUGUCCACUGAAGUAGCCAGCUUGCUUGGAAAACAGAAAAGAGAAUCUUUUUCCCAUCUGGGAACAUAUUCUGGGAAUAUAUUUUCCUCCUCAGGAGUGGAACGCAAUGCAACAGAAUGAAAAAUCGUCACAGAGGACAA